AUGCAGAUCCUUCGGGUUCAUCAAUCGUCGGGACUCCGACCGGCUUCUCUGACUCGGUUCAACCCGGAGAAGCCGUUCCUCGACGGUGGCGGUGCCGUGUUGCUCAAACUUGCCGGGACGAGUAAUUGUAACGGCGGUGGGAAUUUGGGCCGGGUGGCGGAGCGGGGGAAGGGAACUGUGGUGAAGGCUUUACUUGGGCUUGGCGGUGGGCUCGGUGGGCUCGCUGGAGGGAUCACCGGUGGCUUAGGUGUUGGGCUUGGUACUGGGCUCGGUGGGUUGAACCCAUUCUCGCCCGCGGCCAAAGUGAGGGCGGUUGUGACCGUGAACCAGACGAUCGGAGGGUUCCUUAAGGACAACCUGCUUGUGCCAAGCACAAUUCAGGACCUGAUCGGUGCGUCCCUCCGUUUAGAGCUUAUUUCGGCCGAGCUCGACACAAAGACGGGAAAGGAGAAGCCGGCGGUGGGAUCGUUGGCUCAGUGGACCGGCGUAAAUGGGUUGCAGUACCAGUAUGAAGCAUACUUCAACAUCCCCGCCGAUUUCGGGCCGGUCGGCGCCAUGCGCGUUGAGAAUUUGCACGUCAGGGAGAUGUUCCUCAAGGACAUUGUCGUCACCGGCUUACCCGACGGGGGUUCCGUCAACAUCGAUUGCCAGUCCUGGGUUCCGGCUAGCAUCACCGGCAAGCCGAAAAGGGUCUUCUUCAGUACCAAGUCGUACUUGCCAUCUGAUACCCCAGAAGGGUUGAAGAAGUUGCGAAAUGAUGAGCUUGUGGCUGUUCGCGGGAAUGGUUCAGGCGAGCGCAAGAAAGGUGACAGGAUAUAUGACUACGACGUUUACAAUGAUCUUGGGGACCCUGAUAAAAGUCCCGACUUGAAAAGAGAGGUGCUGGGUGGUAGCAAAGAACGUCCUUACCCCAGGCGUUGUAGAACAGGACGACCGCGGUCAUCAAAAGAUCCGCAGUCGGAGAGAACGGAUAGUGGUGACUACUAUGUGCCUCGCGACGAAGAGUUCUCAGAGAUUAAGGGUUUAGAGUUUGGGGUGAAGAAACUUUUUACGCUUUUACAAGGCUUGGUGCCAAUGCUGGAAACUGUCUUUAUCGACAAAAACCUUGGAUUCCCACACUUCACAGCCAUUAAUAAGAUGUUCGCCCAAGGGCUUAACUUGCCUCCUUAUUCUCAAGCGUCUUUGAAAGCUUUCCUGCCUAUGCUCAUCAGGAACUCCGUUGAAGGAAGCAAUGACGUAUUGCAGUUUGACGUCCCUCCGACAAUGGAUAGUAAGAAAACUCUUCGCCUGCUGCUCCUCUGAAUGUUAAUGUUGUUUGGAGAGCAAAUGCAAUAUGCUAUUUUGAUCUCUCUCAUAUGAUACUCCACUGGCAAGUGGCAACUCCAAUUUCAGCUGAUGAACGGAUCUGGUCCAACCCCAACGUAGGAGUUGAGUCUGUCUUGAGGAGAUGUACUCAUCUCCUUCAGAAACAGCUUUUUCUGGUUCACCGAUGAGGAAUUUGCUCGGCAGACACUUGCUGGUGUCAACCCAUGUACCAUACAGCUGGUUAAGGAGUGGCCAAUUAUGGGUACCCUGGACCCUGCCGUUUAUGGUCCUCAGGAGUCUGGUAUCACCAAAGAAAUCAUCGAGAAAGAAAUCAGAGGCUACACAACACUGGACGAGGCAAUUCAACAAAAGAAACUGUUCAUGCUUGACUACCACGAUAUCUUGUUACCGUUGGUGGGUAAAGCCAGAGAGCUCGACCACACAACAUUAUAUGGGUCACGAACAGUGUUUUUCCUCGCCCCGUCUGGCACACUGAGGCCUUUAGCAAUCGAACUCACUCGGCCACCAUUGGGGGAAAAGCCACAGUGGAAAGGAGUCUACACACCAAAUUAUGCUUCUGCUACAGAUGUCUGGUUGUGGCGGCUAGCCAAAUCUCAUGUUCUGGCCCAUGAUUCAUCGUAUCACCAGCUUAUUAGCCACUGGUUGAGAACUCAUUGCUGUACAGAACCGUAUAUCAUUGCAGCAAAACGUCAGCUCAGCGAGAUGCAUCCGAUCCAUCGUCUCUUGAAGCCUCACUUCAGAUACACGAUGGAGAUCAAUGCACAAGCAAGGAAAGGCCUGAUCAAUGCCGAUGGAGUUAUCGAGUCAACUUUCGCUCCUCUCAAGUACUCUAUCGGGGCUAGCUCUCUAGUUUAUGAUAAAGUGUGGAGGUUCGACAACGAGGGACUUCCUAAUGAUCUGAUUAACCGUGGAAUGGCUGUAGAGGAUUCAUCUGAGCCACACGGUGUGAGACUCGCCAUCCAGGACUACCCUUACGCUAACGACGGCCUACUGGUAUGGGAUGCCAUCAAGCAAUGGGUGACCGAGUAUGUCAACCACUACUACCCAGACUCCCAAACCGUCACCUCCGAUAAAGAGCUCCAAGAUUGGUGGAGCGAGGUUCGCAACAGGGGCCACGAGGACAAAAAGGACGAGCCAUGGUGGCCGAGUCUCCAAACCCCACAAGACAUCAUCAGCGUCUGCACGACCAUAAUCUGGGUAGCCUCAGGCCACCACGCGGCGGUCAACUUCGGGCAGUAUGCUUACGGCGGAUACUUCCCCAACCAGCCGACCACCAGCAGGCUGAAGAUGCCGGACGAAGACCCAACCGAGGAAGAGUGGAAGCUGUUCAUGCAGAGGCCCGAGGUGGUGCUUCUCACGACGUUCCCUUCUCAGAUUCAAGCUUCCAAGGUGAUGGUCGUCCUGAACGUGCUGUCGAGCCACAGUCCCGACGAGGAGUAUCUCGGGGAGAAGAUGGAGCUGGCGUGGGCGGACGAACCAACGAUCAAGGCGGCUUUCGAGAAGUUCAACGGCAGGAUGCACUCGAUUAUGGGCGAGAUCGAUUCGAGGAAUGCAGACUCGGAGAAGAUAAAUCGCAGCGGAGCUGGCGUCUAUCCUUAUGAGCUCCUGAAGCCGUUCUCGGAGCGUGGAGUUACUGGCAGGGGAGUUCCAUGUAGCAUCUCGAUUUGAAGCGACGAAGUUGGAGUUCGGUUUGCUUGGAGUUUUUCUCGUUGAAUAAAAUGUUGGACCAAACUCUACAGAGAUUGGUCUGGGUUUGUGCGAGUGAAGUCUAGUUUGGCGUGGCUUGUAAAAUAAGGGCAAUGCAUUUCAGUUGAAGGCUCAUUUGGAAUGCUUCCUUUCUCCAAAUAAAUCACCUCGUUUGGAGGUAGUGAUUCUAAAAAUGGAGGCAUUUGGGGAAUUGGUAAAAGUUGAUUUCAAGAGAAAGUUGUUUGGAUGAAGAGGUUUGUGAAAUGGAACCUCCAUCCACAAGGACCACAACUCUCAUUUUGGAUGGUUGCAACAAAACAAGAAACAAGAGACUUA